AUGUCGGCCCUUGCUCCUUCGGAAGCCGUGGCGAUGGUGCCCCUGGGGAAGGACUCGUCCCCUGGGCAGAUGGCCCAAAGUCACAGCCAGGAGCCGAGUUCGGACAACACCGAGGCCACUUUGCCCUGGGACAAAGCCCAACACGAUGUAGCCGGAGAGAUGCCCGAGGUUUUGGAGAAGGACGCCCGGCCGAGCCCCGAGGGGAGCAUGAAGGCAGCCAUUUUGGACUCCGCCAUGGACCACCAGGCUUUCCUGAGGCCUCUUGAGGAUGACGAGGGCAGUGGGAUGCCCGCCAUGGCGGCCCACGCCUUCGUCCCCAUCGACCCCUUCUGCAUCGAACGCCGUCCCAGGAGCCGUAAGAAGCAGCCGUGGCGACUGGGAGUGCCGCCACAGGACAGGGCAGAGUGCCAGGAGGAGAAGGGCAACCCUGAGCAGCAGACCUUCCUCGUCGGAGGCUACUCGGCCUAUUCGCACGAACCGCCCGGUCCUGCCGGGGAGCCACCCCAGACCCCGUGUUGCCGGUCGAAGGGCUGCUGCAGCUCGGCCAACCUCAAAGCCGUGGGCUCCAUGAGUAGCUCCAUUAUUGUCUUCCCAUGCUUGAUCUACAGCGCCUACGUCUUCCUGCCCUUCGACGUGCCCCCCAUGGAUGACACGAGCGCCCGGCUGGUAUACACGCUGCGCUGCGGGGCUUUUGCCACCUUCCCCAUCAUUUUAGGGAUGAUGGUUUACGGGGUGUCCCUCCUUUGUGCCUCCUCCCUGCAGCCUCCUGAGGAGCUGGGCCGGGAGGUGCAGAUCCACCGGCACUUCGUCUCCCAGUCGGUCGACCUCUUCAUCCUCUACUUCUUCAACAUUAGCGUCCUUUCCACCUACCUGCCCCAGGAAUGGCUCAAGCUCAUCCCGCUGCUGACGGCCCUUUUUGCCAUCUCACGGCUUCUCUACUGGCUGGCAUACGCCAUGGGCCGCUCGUUCCGAGGCUUUGGAUUCGGCUUGACCUUCUUCCCCCUGGUCGCCAUGUUGCUCUUCAACCUCUACAGCAUGUUUCUGCUGGACACGGAGAACAUGUUUGCCGUCCGGAGUCCUAAGGCGGCUUCUUCCCCUUUGGUGAAGGAGGAGGAGCUGGCUGCCUCCAGGUCCUGGUACUGGGGGUGA